AUGCAACUGCGCGAAGCAGCCCACCGCUCACUGUUGAGCGCUGCCCUUCGCCGCAGGGAGAUGCUCGCGUCGCUGUGGAACCGCGCCAGCACGGCCUACCGGGCCAAGGUUGGGAGGGAGCUGUCAAAUCACGGGCUGCUGUACGAGGACUGCCUUAUUGAAACGGAGGAGGUGAAGCUCGCGCUGAAGCGGCUGCCGCCUGACGUGCUGAAUGCGAGGGAGCAGCGGCUGAAGCGUGCGAUGGUGCUCUCGAGUCAGAUCAAGACGUUGCCGCCGGAGGUUGCCGAGAAGCUGGACCCGUUUGAGUCGUACCUCGGCCCGUAUCUGGAGCAGGUCAAGAAGGAGAAGGAGGAGCUGCUCCUCACAAAGUGACCGGCGGCAGCGCGACCGCCCCUGUUAGCCACGCCCUCCUCGUGCCUGCCUCCUUUAGCCCCGUGCCGUGCCUAUGUCCCCCCCCUCUCUCUCCCCCCGCGCCGCCGCUGCUCUCCCGGUGUGCCGAGAGGGACGGAGCUCGCUCCUUUGCCAUUGCCGCGUUGCGGCCUCUGCGCGGUUUCGGCGUUCUCCAUACGAAUGCGAUGAAUCGAAAGAAAGACGGUGUGACUUGUGA